AUGAAAGGUCUUCGCUGGCGGUACACCCGGCUGUGGGAGCCAGGGAGGAAGCUGGCUGGAGGCGGGGCCGGGUCCUGUCCGUGGGGGACACUCCCCAGACUCCUCUGGACGGGCUGCUGGUCGUGGGGGCCUGAGGGGGGCACUGCGGCUCUCAGGCCUGGGAGAAGUGGGAGCUGCUGUCUCCUGACCCUGGACCUGCCAGGCCUCUUUGUGUCUUCACAGCCCAGCCAGGUGGAGGACACUCCAUCUGGAGAGGAGGGUGAGGAAGAGGAAGAGGAAGAGGAAGAAGAGAAGGAGGCAGCCCCAGUCCCGGCUCCUGAGGACCCUGUGGAGCCGCAGCUGGAGGAAGCCAGCCAGGUUCUGGGAGCCUUGGAGAUGAGGCAGCUCGGCCUCCACCUCCCCCCGAGCGUCACCGGACACUCCUGGAGUCUGGCCUUCUGCACGGCAAGGGACGGCUUCAGUCUGCGGAGCCUGUACAGGCAGAUGGAGGGCCACAGUGGGCCGGUGCUGCUGGUGCUGAAGGACCAGGACGGGCAGACGUUUGGGGCCUUCUCCUCCUCAGAGUUUCGACUCAGCAGAGGCUUCUACGGCACUGGCGAGACGUUCCUCUUCUCCUUCUCCCCGCAGCUGAAGGUCUUUAAGUGGACAGGAAGCAACUCUUUCUUUGUGAAAGGAGAUGUGGACUCACUGAUGAUGGGCAGUGGCAGUGGCCAGUUUGGGCUGUGGUUGGACGGAGACUUGUAUCACGGGGGAAGCCACCCCUGUGCGACCUUCAACAACGAGGUGCUGGCCCGGCGGGAGCAGUUCUGCAUCAAGGAACUGGAGGCCUGGGUUCUGAGCUGAGGGCGCCGUGGAGGGAAGCUUCCAGAGGCAGCAGGCACUGGGACCUGCUCAUGGAUGCUGCCUAGGCCUCUGCACACAGGGCAGCCCCCCUGCAUCCCAAACACAGACGGCCAGGUGUCCCGGUGGCUGACUGUGGCUGUGGGCCAGCCCCCCGGCGGCCUGGGGACCUGCACGGGGCAGGAGCUGCUCUCCGGGAGAGGAGACUAAAGGAGGGAACGAUGUUUACUCACCUGAGCAGUGCGGAGUUCCUCGGAAUUCUCUUCUAAAAAAUCAUGCAACUGAUACAUGUUCAGUGUAGAAAACAACAGAAUACAUAAAAAAAAAACUAAAGUUGCCUAAAAUUUAACCACCCUGCAAAACAUCAACAUUUUCAUGUCUAUCCUUCCAGACAAUCUUCCACGGAGAGAUAGAUGUAUAUCGUACAAAAAUGGAAUUCUACUCUGUGUGUUUGGGAAAUUAUGUUUAACUGAAAGACUCUGGUCAAGCUGCAGACACCUGGGCUCAACCAGCAAAACAAAUAAAGACUCUAGCCGUGUCGUUCUUUUUCCAGAACAACGGAGGCUUUCUGUCUGCCACCAGCGUGUCAGGCACUUGCACAAGGAAGAUAUGAAAGGGGCAAAUGAGUAGCAUGCACAGCUGAUAAAGAAGCUGAAAGUCUGCAGGUGGGAACCUCAGGAGGUUAAAACACUGGGAGGCUAUGUCCGGGGCACAACAGGAGCUCAGCAAACUAAGGAAAGACCGUAUCCCUUCCCAGGCUUGUACCGACCUCCUGCCAGACGGCAAACAUUCUUUAUCAUGCUAUUCGCUCGUCAUUAUUGAAUGAGAAAACCCAAAUAAGACAGGACCUGUUAAAUACCCUCUCCUACAGACCCAACAUAGCACCGAGGUACUAAGAACUCUCUGGGUUUCUAGACCCAUUUCCUUGGCACAAAAGGGUCAAAGCCGGGCCCGCAGUAUGAGACAGUCAUUAAGGAAGACAACUUUGGUAUCAAGAUGAAUAUAUUAUGAAGCU